AUGACCACCGUGCACUUCCUGGUGCAGGGCGGCAUCGCCUCGCUGCUGCUGCCACUCGUGGCUGCCCGCCUCGCCUGGCGCAACUACUUCUGUGCUGUUGUGCUGCGCCCCGUAUCCUGUUGUGCUGUGCCCCGUGUGCUGUUGUGCUGUGCCCCGUGUGCUGUUGUGCUGCGCCCCGUGUGCUGUGCCCCGUGUGCUGCUUCACCCCAUGCGCUGCUGUGCCGUGCCACGUGCGUGCAUGCAGUGGUGCCCACGAGAGUCGCCACAUCGCUGGACAUUGCCCUCUCCAACCUCUACCUCGCGCUCGUCACCCUCACCUUCUACACCAUGCGCGGGUGUCUUCCUCCUCCUCUUCGCCUUCCUCUUCCGGUGAGCCACGCCACCGUGAUUGCCAUGCCAUCCUCACCGUGA